CCAAGGGCAGCGCAGCGGGACCGUGCUGGGAGGUACCGGGUGGGACUGGGGCUACUGGACGCACUGGUGUGUGCUGCAGAGUGCUGGGCAUGGUGACGGGGAGCUGAAGGAACUGCAGUGGGAGCUCUGGUCUUUCCUGGUGAAUACCCCAGUGUCCUGGGUAGGGUUUUGAGGGUCUAGGCUGGGACUGGGGGCUGGACUGGGAGCACUGGUGCUUACUGGUGAAUUCCCUAGGGUGCUGAGUGCUGUCCAGGGGAGCUGAACUGGAGGCACUGGUGUUGACUGGUGAGCACCCCAGGGUGCUGGGCAGUGUCCAGGGGUGGUUUAGGGGGCUGGACUGGGAACACUGGUAUUGGCUGCUGAGCACCCAAGGGUGCUGGGCAGAGAAAGUCUUGAGGAUCCAAGCUAGGAUUGGGGGAUGGACUGGGAGCACUGGUCUUUACUGGGUGAUCCCCAGGGUGCUGGCUGGAAUCUGGGAGCAUUGGUGUCAACUGAUGAGCACCCCAAGGUACUUCUGUCGAUCUGGGCUGGGACUGGGGGGCUGGGACUGGAAGCACUGAUGUUUCCUGGUGAAUUCCCUAGGGUGCUGAGCAGUGUCUGCUGGGACCAGCUGGUCCUUUCUGGUGAGCACUGGUCCUUACUGGUGAGCCUCUGCCAUGGCACUGCUCCCUGCCCUCCGCCUGGCCUCCCUCCUGCUCCUGGUUGACCUGGUGCUGCUGGCAGCACUGGCCCACUUGGCCCCGGCACUGGCCCAGUUGGGCCUGGUGGCCACCUGGCUGGAGGCCGCCCUGCGUCUGCCAGCGUUUACCAUGACCCAGAGGCUGCUGGUGCCAGAGGGUCCCCGAGGAGCUGCCAUCAUCCUGGGCCUCACCCCUGCCACCUUCCUCACCCUCCGGAGCCUCCUGGUGCCGGGCAGUGCUGCCCCGGUGCUGUUGGCCACUGCCACGCCUGCCUGGGUGGCCUUGACCCACGUGGCGGUGGCCGCUGCGCUCUUGGCUUGGGCGGCACCAGCACCCGGCGGCGGGGGGGACACCAGGUCCCCGGUGGCCUUGGGGCAGCUGCUGGCACUGGCCUGGACCGAGUGGCCCGUCCUCUCUGGAGCCUUCAUCUUCCUGGUGUUGGCCGUGCUGGGUGAGACCGCGGGGCCGUAUUGCACCGGCAAAGCCCUGGACGCCAUCCGGAGCGGGGAGGGUCCCACCGCCUACACCCUUGGCCUGGUCCUCGCUGCCGAUUUGGGCAGCUCGCUGUUUGCCGGGUGCCGUGGGGGGCUCUUCAUCUUGGCCCAGGCCCGGCUCAAGCUCAGCACCCGCCACCGGCUCUUCUCCCGCUUGGUGUGCCAGGACCUAGCCUUCUUCCAGGAGACACCAGCAGCUGAGCUCUCUGCCCGGUUGGCCAAUGAGGUGCCCCUGUUGUGCGAAGCAGUGCCACGCAGCGCCAACGUGGCCCUGCGGAGCCUGUGGAUGGUGGUGGGGUUGGUCAUCUUCAUGGUGGGGCUCUCACCCCGCCUGGCGCUGCUGGCGCUGCUGGAGGUGCCCCUCGUCAUCACCGCACGCAAGGUCUACGACGCCCGGUACCAGGUGCUGCAGCGGGCGGAGAUGGACGCCAGGGCCAGGACAGCAGCGGUGGUGCAGGAGACCGUGUCCUCCAUCGAGACGGUCAGGACCUUCGCUGGGGAGGAGGAGGAGGAGGGUCGCCAUGGCAGGGCUGUGGAUGAGAUGCUGAGGCUGAGGGAUCGGAUGAGCGUGGAGAGUGCCCUCUUCACUCUCUUCCAGCGGGCCCUGCAGUUGGCCAUGCAGGUGCUGGUGCUCUACCAUGGGCACCAGCAGCUCCGUGAGGGGACCAUCACCACUGGCAGCCUUGUCACCUUCCUCCUUUACCAGGGGAAAGUCUGCCACAGCGUGAAGUCGCUGGUGUUUGGCCACGGAGACCUGCUAAGCAAGGUGGCAGCUGGCCGCAAGAUCUUCGACUACCUGGAGCUGAAACCCACCGGGAUCACAGGGGGCACCCAGGAACCUGCCACCCUGCGGGGCGAAGUCACCUUCCACCGUGUCUCCUUUAGCUACCCCACACGCCCCCAGCACCUCGUCCUGAAGGAGGUCUCGUUUGAGCUGCACCCCGGCAAGGUGACGGCGUUGGCGGGACUCAAUGGCAGUGGGAAGAGCACCUGCGCGGGGCUGCUGCAGCGGUUCCACAAGCCGGUGUGUGGGGAGGUGCUGCUGGAUGGGGUCCCGCUGCAUGUCUACGAGCACCACUACCUGCACCGCCAGAGGUGGGGGAGAAAGGGGGGAAGCUCUCGGCCGGGGAGAAGCAGCGCAUCGCCAUUGCCCGGGCCCUGGUGCGGCGACCCGCUGUCCUCAUCCUUGAUGAAGCCACCAGUGCCCUGGAUGGGGAGGGCAAGGCAGUGCUGCAGGAGUGGGUGCGGAGCGGGAGGGUCCAGACGGUGCUGCUCAUCACCCACUGCCCGCGGAUGCUGGAGGUGGCUGAUCAUGUUGUGGUGCUGGAACAAGGCACUGUGGCAGAGAUGGGGAUCCCUGGAGAGCUGUGGGGCCGCCGUGGAGCCUACAGCUGUCUGCUGCAGCACCAGGGGUGGCCAGACACCUCGGGGAGGGGCUGCGAGGAGCAGCAGCCCUCUCCUGCCACUGUGGAUGGGCAGAGAAGGGGGCUGCUCCCACCAUGAUGGACGUUUGUACAAAAUAAAGAGCAGAAUCACUUUGGAGAACAGGUGGGUGGAGAGUGGAGGCAGGGGGAGCCACCCAACACAUCUGCUGGGUCUCGGAUUGUCACCUAGGGAUGUCACAGCUGCCAUCCUUGACACUCAGAGUAAUUUUUUUUUUUAGUUACUACCAGAGUGUUCCUGUUAAGACUGAGAACAGUGGAAUGUUUUUCUAACUGCUGGGGCUUCAAGGUCGCACCUUCACUCUGCCGGCUCAGACGCUACAGGGAGAUCUCUGACCCCCCCGGAGGAGGCUGAGUUAAACAGACAGCAAAACUGGCCAGAAAUCUUCCAUUCCAGAGAGCUACGUGAGCUCAGAGGAAGGUCAGAGAUCACACAAGACAACUUGUUCCUGCUUCUUCUUCCCUUCUCCUCCCACGGCCGGCAUGCGGGGAAGACUCCAUCCCUCCCUCCCCGUGGACCCCCAGGCUCCAGCUGUCCUGACCCUCAUCACUCUCCGCUUUCUCCAGCAGCCCUUUGGGAUUUCUCGGGACUGUUCCAGCUCAGGAGAUGCUGUGGGAGUUGCUGGGGUGGGGGAGGUGAGAGGUUUUUGCCCAUCUCUGAACAUAUUUG